AUGGAUGAGAUCAGGGACCGCGAAUCUCCUUAUCCACAAAUGCUCCCUUCCGCAUCACACUUUGCCAACAGCAUGACGGCACUAGGUCUUCAGCCAGACGAUAUCCUGGUAGUCUACGAUGCGCUCGAGGUCGGACUCUACUCGUCGCCUCGCGUAGCCUGGGCCUGUCGCUACUUCGGGCAUCGAGAUGUCCAUGUCUUGAACAAUUUCCCACGUUAUGUGAAAAAAGGAUUUCCGAUCGCGACGGGGCCUCUAUGUACUCUCCCUCCUGCGCCACAGGGAUACCCCGUCAAAAAUCCAGAUCCAAGAGAGGUGAUAUCCUACGACGAAUUACGCGACCUUCUCUUAUCCGACAGGAGCUCAGCCUUCCAAAUCAUUGAUUCCAGGAUUCCUGGCCGAUUCUCGGGUGCCGAGCCAGAGAUCAACGCGUCCUUGCGGUCAGGACAUAUGCCGUCGGCGCUGAAUGUGCCCUUGGCGUCCAUUCUGGACGAGGACAAGGUCAUCUUAUCGGCGGAAGAGCUGAAGGAACGCUUUCAGGCAGCUGGAGUGGACGGAGAGUUGCCUGUCGUGCUUACCUGCAACUCCGGGGUCACAGCAGCAGCACUCGAUCUUGCGCUGCAGCUAAGUGGGUAUGGAAUGAAGCGGAGACUGUACGAUGGGAGCUGGAUGGAGUGGACGAGGAGAGCACAAGACGAGGGAUUGGUAGUAUCAAGCGACGACAAGUAG